AAGGUACGUGAACAUCUAACGGAGUACUUUGGUUACAGGACUCCCGAAUGAACGUCAUUUCCACAUGGAUAAUACAUGGAGGGAAAUAGAAAAGGUCUCUGUAGGAUGUGAGAGUAAAACGAGAUGCAAAUGUAGGCAGCGAUCACUACCUUGUAACUUCAGAUUUUAAACUUAAUACGUUCAUUAUGUCUAUAUCACAACAGGGAAGAAAUAAGGUCGCGUUCUUUGACUUUUGGGGAUUUUUUGAAAAGGAUGUUCCUCCACUUUUUCUCAUUUUAUUUUUUCGUUCAAUUUGAAUUUUAUAAAUUGCAGCAGGUUUGCAACCCCCAAAAUGUACAUCUACCAGUGACGUCAUAAUUACUAAAACGCAACAAUAAGUGUGACGUCAUAAUUAUCACUACAACAACAAUUGGAAAGAGCGUGCAAAACACGGAGAAUGAAAACUAUGGACUACAACGAAGUUCUAGAUUUCGGGGAUGGCCCUGUCACAGACGUGGAUACAAAACUUGAGAUAUUAAAAUUCAGCUACAAUUGGGCAGACGCAGUUGAGGAGGAGGAAAGACGUAUGGAGGAAGAACAAAAGCAGCAGAAAGAAAUGAAAAAGAAGAUGGAAAAAGAAAUUUCAGGGGAAGAGAAGAAAGAUUGCAACAAGAACCACAAAAGAAUGAAUACCAUGGACUACAAUGAAAUUCUAGAUUUCGGGGAGAACCCUGUCACAGAUGUGGACACAAAACUUGAGAUAUUAAAAUUCAGCUACAACUGGUCAGACGCGGUUGAAGAGGAGGAAAGACGUAUGGAGGAAGGACAAAAGCAGCAGAAUGGUAUGAAGAACUUAGAAAAAGAAAUUGGAGGGGAGGAGAAGAGAAAUUGCUACAAAAAUCACAACAGAAAACAACCAGAAAAAAUAAACAGAAAACAACACAGAGCAAGGAAGCAUGCAAAGGUCCAUAUUAUAAAACAACAGAAACUGCGACUGGAGACUGCUGAAUCCACCAAACAAAUGAUUGAAAGAGAGAACAGAAAAGCAUCUGGAGAUGAAUUAACCCCAAUUGUAGAAACCUCCAAACAAGUAACAGUGUGUGAAACCAACAUCCUUGGGGAGAAGAAAACUGCAGAUUUGUCAGCAGAAAAUUUUACUAUUUGUGAUGAGAAUGUGUCUAGAAAAAAGUCACCAGCAUGUAAUGAAGAAAUGUCAGAAAAGAAACCAAAUAAUUGUUGUGAAAUGACUGGGCUGAAUUCAAUUCCAUGUGAUAAGGAAUUUUUUGAAGAAAAAGCAACUUUAUAUGACAAAGUUUUGUCAGAGAAGAUAUCACCAGCAAAUAAUGAAGAGAUGUCAGGAGAAAAGAAAAUUGCUCAUAAAAAGAUGUCAGAAGAGAAUACAACUGUACGAGAAAAGAUAUCAGGAGAGAAAAUAACACCACAUGAAGAGAUGGCAGAAGAGAAGAAAAUUGCUCAUGUAGAGAUGUCAGAAGAAAAGAAAACUGCCCAUGUACAGAUGACAGAAGAGAAGGAAACUGCUCAUGUUGAGAUGUCAGAAGAGAAGAAAACUGCUCUUGUAGAGAUACCAGAAGAGAAGGAAACUGUUCAUGUAGAGAUGUCAGAAGAGAAGAUAACUGCUCAUGAAGAGAUGACAGAAGAGAAGAAAACUGCUCUUGUAGAGAUGACAGAAGAGAAGAAAACUGCUCAUGUGUAG